AUGGGCAAUAGAAAGAAGACUGGACAGAUAAGUCCACAUUUUCACAGUCCCAUUGCUCCACUUGAAGAUUCAGCAACUGGAAAAGUAUAUAAAGAAGUGCUAUUCACUUAUGCAGUUCCUACACUCAAAUCAUUUGCGCGGUAG